GAAUGACGGAGUCGAAGCAAAAGAAAGACACCAAAGCAGCAUACGAAUGCAAGCGUGGAACAAAGCAAACCAAUAGUGGAAGAAUACGCAAAAAGCAACAAAGAAAGAAAAGUGCCAGCAAAUAGAUGGAAAAAGUGAAAAAGCUUUUGCUUCACUAAAAUAUGAACAAAUCGAUAAAUGAGUUAGGAGCAGAGAAUGUUUUGGCCACGCAAUCACAGGACGUGCAGAAUCAACCUGAAUCCGUUAGUGAAAAUGAGGAAUCCGAUACGGUUACAGAUCAGUCGAGUAGCUCUUCUUCUGAAACUACCAACACACAAAAUUCUCUUACAAACGCAACAUGUUCUAAACGUAAAUCUAACACAGCAUCUACGAAAUCGUCUUCUACAGUAACACAAUUCAGCGUACAACGUUCGGACGUCGAUGGUUUACGUAUGAAAAUCUCAGCUAUACGUCCCACUAAUAUAAUUAAAACUCUUUCUAAUACCAAAAAACCUACCCAUAACGUAGUAGUUAUAAGCAAUACCGAUUCCAGUGGCGACAUUUGUGAUAGAACGAAAACGCAAAAGCACGCAUAUAGCGAAAGGGUACAUUAUAAUAACAACACCAUAACAAAGCCCAUAACAAAGCCACUAACAGUUAAGUUAAGCAACAUAAAGCUGCAACAACAAAAUUUGCAGCCAUUAAAAGUAACAUUAGAGUCUAAGGAGCAACAAACGUAUAAAGGCGGUGCUAAUAAGAUGUCGGUUGAUACAGCGCAGCAGCAUAAUUGUAAUAAUAGUAGUGAAUCGGGUGAUAUUUUUGGUGGAACUGAAAAUGCCAGCGGCACUGAGGUUAACAACACUGUGCAACCGACAUCGACAGCGCCCAGCAUUGGACUUCCAUUAGCGCACUUGCUACCACAAGCGCCGUGUCUCAGUGAUGCUACUGCAGAGUCUGGCUGCUCAGAGGCUACCACAACAACUAUUGCAGCUAGUACAGAUAAGUCUUUGACCAGGCGUGUACGAGUUAAAAGGAAAAAGGUGCAAGCUAAAGUGUUGUCGAAUUUAAAGAAACCCGCAAUAUCCGCAGCAGCUACCGUUAUUAAGUCAGUGCAGUCGAACCAUCAACACAAUUCAAACACAUAUUCUUCCGAUUCGGACAAUGAUGCGCCCAUAUACAAACAAAAACAACAACACCAAUUGCAAAAACGUGCACCACGUCUUCUACUCACAGCUAUCAAUACCAAUCCCAAUAACGUACCACAAAUUAAGCCUUUGGCGUGUAGUAAUAACUCGGCGCUGGCUGCUGGAUCAGCCACUUUUAGUCACGGCAGUGAUAACAGUGAUAACGAACUAAAAUUGGAUGAUGUGGUAAAUGCAGCUAUUAAGCGUGUAGAGAGUGAUGGCGAUGAUACACCCACCGGUGGGGAUGGCUAUCGCAAAACGCGCACUAAACGCCUACCGCAAUACCAGUCGACGUUGUUGCAGGAUUUUAUGGAGAAGACACAAAUGUUGGGUAGUAGCAGUACCACAGCUACGGUGGAGCGCAAAAAUCUUGAGAUUAAUAAACCACUUGUCAGAAAUAAGCCCGCAACAGAUGCUGUAGCCAAUAUUUAUUCCGCGAAUUCCCAAACUGAAGGCCUUACCGCUAGCGGCAAAAAGAAACGUGGCAGACCGAAAAAGUUGCCAACCAGCACAAAUACGGAGCAAUCAGAAACAAUGCCCUUAAGUGUAGCAACAUCGGUAAUCAUGUCUACUUCCGCCACGAAAAUUGUCGCUGCUAGCUCAAUCGCGUCGAAUAUCAAUGAAUCUGCUGACUCCGGUGUUAUAUCUACAACGAGUACAACAACAACACAAAGUUGUACAUCACCAUCGCCAAAGCUGACGAGUGCCAUGGGCAGUAGUAAUAUUAGUAGCACUACACGUUUGGCGGCCACAACGCCAAGUCAGAAGCGGCGCCAUCGUGUUUUAGAAACAACCGAUAAGACGCGACAACCUUCAGUUUCACCCUGCAAAAGUCAAACGCAAGAUGGCAGCGGUAGUUGUAGUGCCAACUCUCCGAAACCCAAAAUCGAUAUUGCAUAUUUGGAUAAGCGCAUGUAUGCCGCUACAGAGCGCGUGCUCUAUCCGCCACCACGCAAUAAGCGUCGCCAAUCGCUGAGUGCGUCAAGCGUCAAUUUGGCAAAUACACCGAGCAGUAAAAAUAUGGCAAAAGCGUCUGCUACAUUAAUAAGUAGUAGUACCGUUGGUGGACAAACUUUAACAACAACAACAGCAAAAAAUGUAUCCAAAGAAGAGCUACAGUUAGAUCCCGUGUGGCGUAAAAUAGACGUGAAUAAGAAAUUUCGACGCCCCAGCGUCAGCGGCUACAAAAGUGAUGGCGGCGGCGGUAAUACAACAAUUUGUAGUAAAAUACUCGCCGCGAAAAGUGGUUACGUCUCGGAUUAUGGUUCGGUUCAUGCGCGUGCGCCGCGCGAUCAUUCCGGUUACAAAAGCGAUGCGAGCGGCAAAAGCCGUUACAGCAUGAAAAGUUGUGCCAGCCGCCGCAGCCGUGCAAAAAGUUGUGGCUACCGCAGCGAUUGUAAGGAGGGCAAGGAUGGUGCUUCUUUAAAGUCGUCAAAAUAUCGCCGAAAGCGACGUUCGGCGCUAUUGCGCGCACAUUCAAAAUCGGUUGGGAAUCUGGCAGGGAACUUGAAUGACGUGGAAAAGGAUUUACUGCAACUUGCUGGGCUCUCGCUUGGCCAGAGUAGCGAAGAGAGCAACGAAUAUGUGUGCAAACCCAAUUUGGAGAGUUUGCCAACGACGAGCGCCUCGAAGAAAUAUGGUGAAAUUAAUCGGUUCAUUGCGACGGGCGAGUACUUCGGACGCGGUAGCAGCAGUAGUGCGCUCGCAAGCGGUGGAAAUAUAUUCGCUGGCGGUUUGCAUGAAAAUGUCGAUGGCAGUGGUUCACAAGAUGGCUAUGGAUUCAGUCGCAAGCUGCUAUUGCAGCGCAAGCACACUACAGGAACUGGCAACGGCGCUGCGCACGAAUUGCUAUUACCGCAAGCGAAUUCUACGCGGAAAAUAAAAUCGCGUCGCUCAUCUGUCGCUAGUUACUGCAGCUCCUACUACUCUAGCACGUCUAAGGUGCGUAGACGGCGUCGACGUAAAAGCUUUCUGCGUUAUCCUUCCUCCAACAAAAGUGGUGCGGUUAUCGACUCCAAGUUGCUGACCGAAAUCGAUAUACUGGUUAACACAUUCAGCGCGCGUUGUCGCAUACAAAGUGGUGCGCUUGGCAAUGACAAGGCGAGCGGUAGCAACAGUAACAACAACAAAGAUAAGUUGCUUGUGGAAACUAGUGGCAAACUGCAGGCUGCCAAUUCUACUGCAACGGCAGCUGGCAGCGGUAGACGUGAGCAGCGCGAUAAACGUUCAUUAAAAAAACGUAAAAUGAGCGAAAACCAAGAGUAUGCUGUUUUAGCGGGCAGCGCUGGCGGUGGUAGUAAUAUUGGUGGUUUCGGUAGUGCGUCGGUGCUGGGUAGCGGUAGUGGUGGUGGUGGUGGCGCAAAACGACGUCAUAAGAAGGCAAAUACUAGCUCUAGUCCAGACGACCAUAAAUUACCGCUAAAGAAACGUCAUUAUCUGUUAACACCCGGCGAGAAAUCGACGGAAGCGGCCGCCGCUGUAGCAGCGAAGCUGUUUGGCAGCACUGCCGUUGAGGCUUGGGCCGCUGCGGUUGCAUCGACUAAAUUGGCGUCUGCUGGCAAAGCGCAACAUAGUCAACAGCAAUUUGGCGCAAUCUGUGGCAGCUCGGCAACACUUUCGGUCACUGGUAGCACACAUAGUGGCAGCACCAAAUCUUCCAAAGCCGGCCUUACACCAAAGAAACGACAAUUUCUACAACAGGAGGAGGGGCGCGAGAGUGCCGGCAUUGCAUCGAAGAGCAGUAGCCACCACAGCAAUAGCUCACCCUUACGCAUCACCAUCGACAAUACGCUAAGUCACAAAAUACUCGAUAUAAGUCCGAUUUCAUUGGCGGGCAGCACGAAACAGAGCGAAGUUGCGCACCGCAAACGCUCACGUCUUGAAGUGCUUGUGUCGAAAAUUGUUGCCACCAGCAAUAACACUCAAGGCAAUGCGGAUGAGAAGGAAUCGCCUACCUCAGUGCUGAGUAAACAAAAACAAUCCGCGUCUAGCAUGAAUCUUAACCAACAUCAGCUGGUAGAGACACCGCCGCCUGGCGUAUUCGAACCAUCUGUGGCGCUAGAGAUACAAAUACCGCCAAUUGUGAAAUUAAAUGAAGGUUCGAGUAGCGUAUCGAGUAUUCCACCGAUAGUUACUAAAGCCGAAGUGAAUUCUCCGCUCAUGACGCAAGAGUUGACACCUACAAUUACUGUGGCAACCGCGGCGGCAAAAACUGAGAGCACUGCUACGCGUGUCGUUGAAACGCUACUGAAUAAAACCGGUGCAGCUAAUUUGUUACUGAAGCGUAAGCGUAAGAAAAUCAAUCGUACCGGUUUUCCGAAUGUGCGACGUCGUAAAAAGCGGAAAAUAAAUGAACAACUGCUGUUGGACAUCGUUGAAGAUGAAGUGGAGCGUACACAGCCCUUGAAAAGGCAACCGAAAGGAGUGCUACCUAAACAGACAUUACCAACAGAACCGCUUACUAACUCAGUAUGCGCUACUGAUAGUGUUAAUGCAGCGUCUAAACCACAAACAGCCGUUACGUCAACGCCAGAGAAACAAUGUGAUCGCGUGCCGGUCUCAGGCGAAGCCAGUGAUAGUUUUCUCGAACGCGCCAAUCGCACACCACGUCUAUCUGUCGUUGCAUUGGAGCGUUUACGCGGCACACCAACGCCUUCGACCUCAGCUGCAGCGCCCACACUUGGUGUUGGCGCAGAGGCAACGCCAGAAGUAACAGAAGAGCAUAAAGAGAACUCAUUUGUACCGCGUAAGGGACGUGCUGGACGUAAGCCGAAAAUCACAAGUGAUCAAGCCAUAGGCGCAGCAGUUGGAGCAGUAGUCAAUACAUCGACUGAUGCACAACAGUUGGUAGCUGAAAACACUGAGUUGGCGACUCGCAAAUCUCGAGUGACACAAACUGCUGUGCAGCAAUCAACAGUUGCCGAAGCACCCAUUGUAAACAAUUUAUCGCAUACCAUGGUCGUCACCAAGUCUAACAAAAGAACGAAGGUCCCAGAGUUGAAUGUUGUUGUGCAGGCCGCAAAAGUGUUGCUAGUUGAGAAAGUGCAGCCUUUAGCCGCAACUAACAAUGCAAUACCCAGAGCACGAGGUCGUAAGCCUAAACUCUCAGCAGCUGCAAUUCUACCAACCACUGUUACACAACCAGCGCUAUUUACACCAGACAACCCACGCAAGAAGCCUAAAGUAGAGCCAGCACCAAGUAGCAAACAAUUGUCGUCAACACUCACAAAGCAAAAUAGGAAAACUGCAACCACAUCGAAAACCUCAGACCGUCCGGCAAGCUUUAGUAAAUCAACUGUACAUAAAAUUAUCACCGCGAAGUCACUGGAGGCUAAAGUCAAAUUACCCGCUGGCAUUGAUCCCAACACAAAUUUUAGCUGUAAAAUACGUCUCAAACGUCCCAGCACAGCACAGCCUACGCUAGUAAGUGCACUGCGUCAGAGUAUGGAUUCGAAUUGUGAUAGCAGCAUUAUCAAGGAUAUACCACAAUCGACACCCGAGGAAAUUGCUGUUGAAGCCGCCGCCAAGGACUCAAGUAUUGACUAUUUGGAACAGGAUAUUUUACCGCGUAGUGAAACGCCCUUCAUUGACUCGGAGGCAGCUACAAGUGAUACCAGCGACGAAAAAUGUUCGACGUCAACGAAUGUGACGUGUGCGAGUAGCGCUAGCACCACUUCAGUGCGGAAAGUUGCACGUCUAAAGAAGAAUUAUUUGCCUGCUGGCUUGUUUUCGGAUUAUUUCAAACAAUUGCAUACACCUUUAAACCCGAAAAAAUCGACGGAUAGAAAGGAGCUACCAACAGCGUCCACAACAUUAGCAAUUAGUGAGGUUAGCAAUACUUCGACUGCUGAAAGUGCACCGCACAAUAGCUUACCAAAUACGCCUUUAACGCCUUCCCUCUUACCGCCACCCUAUUGUGAAACCUACUUUCGUCGCACACAAAUCGACUUUCAACUACCCUACGACAUCUGGUGGGCCUAUACCAACUCCAAGUUGCCCACCAGAAUCACUGUGCCUUCGUGGAAUUAUCGAAAGAUACGUACAAAUAUAUAUGCCGAUGCGGUGCGUCCCAAUACGGCCGGUAUCGAUCAUCCUACUUGCAAUUGCAAGCCGGAUCAAGGUUGUGGCGAUAAUUGUUUGAAUCGUAUGGUGUACACCGAAUGUUCACCGUCGAGUUGUCCGUCACGCGAAAAAUGUCGCAAUCAGAAAAUUCAACGUCAUGAGGUGGCGCCUGGUGUGGAACGCUUCAUGACCACCGACAAGGGUUGGGGUGUGCGCACUAAAAUGCCGAUUGUGAAGGGCACAUACAUAUUGGAGUAUGUGGGUGAGGUGGUAACUGAGCGUGAGUUCAAGGAUCGCAUGGGCACCAUCUAUUUAAAUGAUACACACCACUAUUGCUUGCAUUUGGAUGGUGGUUUGGUAAUCGAUGGUCAUCGUAUGGGCAGUGACGGGCGUUUUGUGAAUCACUCGUGUCAGCCGAAUUGCGAGAUGCAGAAAUGGUCCGUUAAUGGGUUGUCACGUAUGGCGCUAUUUGCUAAACGAAACAUAGAACCGGGCGAGGAACUUUCAUAUGACUAUAAUUUUUCGCUCUUCAAUCCAUCGGAAGGACAGCCAUGUCGCUGUAAUACACCGCAAUGUCGUGGCGUGAUCGGUGGCAAAUCACAACGCAUUAAACCGUUACCAGUUGAAACUAAGAACACCGACGCAACGGCAAAAGACACGCGUAAUGGGCGUCAACGUAAACGCAAGGCGCGUAAGAACACCGAACGUGUGCCAUCGAAGGAUGUGGUAGUCGCACUUGUGCAGCAGCUCUCCGAGAGGGAAAAGAAAUUAGUCAAACAACACGGUAUAUUUUUGGUACGCAAUUUCGAAAAGAUACGACGUUGCAAGGCGCGUCGUACAGCAAAGGUGACAAGUGAAAUGAAAGUGAAUGGCAUGUCACCGAGUUCACCAAUGAACGCCAGUGGCGCAGCGGCAAUCACAAAUCGUCGCCCAUCUACGCCUGCUUCAUUGGCCGCACAAAUAUCGGCGCUACGUUCACCGCGUAGCAUUAAGACACGUGGCCUAACACACGCUGUGCAGGACCCAGAGGUGGAGAAGAUGGCCAAAAUCGCAGUUAUACUACGUGAUAUUUGCAGCUCACUUGAAACGCUUAAAGAUCCCAUUGAUCAAAAGCAUUAUAUUGCAGUUUUAACGCUUACGCACAGCGCAGGCGCAACAAACACGACUGAUGUGGGUAAUGACGGUGAUGAUGGCGACGCUAAUGCUAGCAGCAGUAAUGCUACAGUUGUUAAUAAGAAAAAGAAAAUGGUGAAGGCACCUUCCAAGUCAGAUGUGCCUGACUUGAAGACUGUGCAAAGCAACAUUGAGCAAGGCUACUACAAACAACCGUCGGAAUUCAAUGCAGAUAUGCAGAAAGUAUUCUCAGCGGCACAGCAACAUGUUGUAAAAGGUAGUCGUAAUGAGACAGCAUUGCAGGAGCUAAUCAAAGCGUAUGAGCGCAACAAAGAGGAAUCUUACGAGCGUUUGUUGGAAAUUGUUGGCGGUGAUGCCACCAUGUUGAAAGGUUACUGUGCGCAAACAACAAAAAUGUUGGCGGAUGAGAAGGAGAAAAUGUUUGAGUCAAUUAUCUCUAUCGCACCGAAUCAUGUGGCCAACGACAUAAACACCAGUGUUAUAACGCCCACAUGUAACGAAGACAUUAUACGCUGCAUUUGUGGUUUAUACAAGGACGAGGGUCUGAUGAUACAAUGUGCCCGCUGCAUGGUUUGGCAGCACACCGAAUGCACAAAGGCGGAUGUCGAUGCGGACAACUAUCUGUGCGAACGUUGUGAGCCGCGCAUUGUGGACCGUGAAAUACCGCUAGACGAUUACACGGAAGAGGGUCACCGCUAUUAUUUGACUUUGAUGCGUGGCGAUUUGCAUGUGCGUCAAGGCGAUGCGGUCUAUGUGCUGCGCGAUAUACCCAUCAAAGAUGCCGCCGGUAAUGUGGUGCCAAAACAGAAGCAUACAUACGAAACGAUCGGCACGAUUGACUACAAUGAGUGUGAUAUUUUUCGUGUGGAACGCUUGUGGAAGAAUGAGGAGGGCAAACGUUUCAUAUUCGGUCAUCACUUUUUGCGACCGCACGAGACAUUCCACGAACCGUCGCGUCGUUUCUAUCCCAAUGAAGUGGUACGCGUGCCGCUCUAUGAAAUCGUGCCGAUCGAAUUGGUUAUCGGGCGUUGUUGGGUGCUCGAUCGUACGACUUUCUGUAAGGGACGACCAGUUGAGUGCGCCGACGAGACACAUUGCUACAUUUGUGAGCUGCGUGUAGACAAAACGGCGCGCUUCUUCACGAAAGCAAAGGUCAAUUAUCCGACUUGUACGAAGUCGUAUGCAUUUAGAAAGUUUCCGGAAAAGUUAAAAAUUUCUAAAAGCUAUGCGCCACAUGACGUUGAUCCAGCUUUAUUGAAAUCGAAACGUCAAAAGACUGAUAAUGAGCCUAUAUCGAAUGCCAGAAGCUCGAGCAACAGAUCAGUGACUCCCGUCUCUUCAUCGGCGUGUGCGCCGGAUGUGUCCGCCAAUGCUGGCAGACAAACGCCGAAUAAAACAACACAGCACAGCGGUCGUAAACGUCAAAACAAUAACAGCCCAGCAGUAGUGCACUUAAUUUCGCCAUUACCACAAAGCGUGCAGACCAUAAAACAAAAACGCAACCACUUGGAAACCGUACUCAAAACAAUGAAACUCAAAUGGAAGAAUACUCAAACGGUGUGCGAACAGCCCAUCGAUCUAUCAUAUCUACUAUCUGGACGCGGUGCAAGGCAGCGUAAAUCACAAGCGACCGCAGUGGCUGCAAUUGUAUCUAACACACCCGCCCCCACUACAACCAGCAAUCCGACAACAAGCACGUCAUUUGCAACGGCCAAUGAGUCAACUUAACACACAACACAUAAAAUGAGUUCAAAAUGGCAGGAAGUCUAUGAAUUAUAUAUUUCAACAUAGGAUUAGGUUAGUUAAGUUUGAAAAUGGUAUACAACUGAAGGACGCGUGGUGUACCAUAUGUAAAAAAUGUAAACUAACACACUACACAACAGCGAACAAUAUAAAAUAUCUGAUAACUUAUUUGUAUAUAUAUAUAUGCAUAUGUACGAUAUAUAGCAAUUAAUUAUUUGUAAAUUACGCGUAUCGCAUAUACAAACAACCAUACAGAUAGAUGCCGUAUGGUGCGGAGCAUUGAAUUGAAAUUCACUUUAUCAUAGCCAUUUUAUAUGAAAAAGUACAUAUUGAAUUAUUUGUUAUUUUCUUUUUUAUUAAAUAUCACUAUUACAAAUAUUUUAGCGCAUGCUUAGGCUAUUAUUAUUAAAUUUGUAGCAAUUUAAGUUGUUUAUUUAUUAAUGGCAAACUAAUCGACCAGUCGAUUUUAGACAAUUUGUAUUUGUAUUUUCUUCGCAAACACUGUUAUUUUGAAAUUCAAAUAUUUAUUUUUGACUAACUUAUUUUUUAUUAUUUUAUUUUAAUUGUAUUUUUUUAAUGAAUUUCUCGAACUUGAAUUACUUUGUAGUUAUUGUAUUUAUUAUAUACAUUAGCCUUGUGUUUUAUGAAUUGUUUUAUUGCUUAUUAGUUGUUAGCAGCACUUAUAUAGUUUUUAUUAAAAGAAAAAUAGCAUAAUAAUUGCCUUUUUUGCAAACUUACUAACUGCUUGUCUAUUUUUAGACUAUGGAAGUUUCACAUAUUAACUUGUUUUCCUUCCAUAAAUAUUUGUUGUUAACUAUUGUAAAAACAAAAAUGGAUUAUUUUUCCAAAUUUAACAAAAAAAAAAAUAUAUUUUUUCAUUGAAAAUCUGAAACUGUGUUUGGUAUUCCUUAAUUUUGAGUCCGUAGUUUGAAAUGAAAGCUGGAACACAAUUUUGAAAUAACUCUAACGGACGGUGAGCACAGCAGAAUUCUCUUUUUGGUUAGAGUCGUGAACAUAAAUCUAAUAAACUCUUUCUGAAAUCAUCGCUCACAUCAUUUUGACUAAGCUGACCGUCCUUGUACGGGUACAAAUCCAUGUCCGAGACCGAGUUGCCGGUCCCCGGCCGAAUACAAAUCCAUCUCCAUUCUGCUUUUGCAUAUCCAACUGUCCUGGGUACGGAUAAAAGCAUGUGUUCUCAGUUUUCGCCUACACCAACAUUGACACCUGUAUGUCUUAAAAGAGAAAUUACAAUAAAAUGGCAACACCACACAUAUGACUGACGUCUCACAAUUGUCACUGCUACAGCUGGUGAAAUUGUCUGGUCUUUCCCGAUUUCCUGCGUUUUGCGUGUAGCGAUUUAUGCACAAACUCUUGAAAAAUUGUGCAAAAUAACGCUACAAUUUUAUUUAGCACCGUGGUAAAGUUAUUUUAUACACAAAUUGUGAACAACUUGCCAUUUAAAGUGCUUUUAAAAUAGAGUAGCGUAAAUAAUUCGGUAAAAUUUUGCUGUCGGGUCAACUAUUUCUAGUAGUGCACUUAUUCAUCGUGUUCGAUUAGUUGUUGCUAGUGAAAGCAUAGAAUAUAUUAAAAUACGAGAAAAAAGUGCGGAAAGGCACAAAUAUGAGUAAAUUCACA